CUGGGUGCUGCGGCCGCCGCGGCUGGGUGACCGGUGGCGCCGUAGCCGAGGUGGCGGCGCGGGGCGGGGCAGGCCGAAAGAGGAGGAAAGAGGCGGUGGUGCAGGAUGGCGGCGACGUGCAGGAUGGCGGCGACAACCUACGAGCGGCUGAGUCUGCACAUCACACCUGAAAAAUUCUACGUGGAAGCCUGCGACGACGGAGCGGACGACGUGCUCAUCAUCGACCGCGUGUCCACAGAGGUCACCCUCUCAGUCAAGAAAGAUAUUCCUCCGUCCGCGGUUACGAGGCCGAUAUUUGGAAUCCUGGGCACAAUCCACCUGGUGGCAGGAAAUUAUCUAAUUGUCAUUACCAAAAAGAUUAAAAUAGGUGAAUUUUUCAAUCAUGUAAUCUGGAAAGCAACAGAUUUUGAUAUUCUUUCUUAUAAGAAGACAAUGUUGCACUUAACUGAUAUUCAGUUACAAGAUAAUAAAACCUUCCUAGCAAUGAUAACCCACGUCUUGAAUGUGGAUGGGUUUUACUUCUCAACCACGUAUGAUUUGACCCAUACUUUGCAGCGGCUGUCAAACACUAGUCCAGAAUUUCAAGAAAUGAGUCUCUUGGAAAGGGCAGAUCAGCGGUUUGUAUGGAAUUGUCAUCUUCUGAGAGAACUUUCUGCUCAGCCAGAGGUCCAUCGGUUUGCUCUUCCGGUGCUGCACGGCUUUAUUACUAUGCACUCGUGUUCUAUUAAUGGCAAAUACUUUGAUUGGAUUCUCAUCUCGAGGAGGAGCUGUUUCAGAGCCGGCGUGCGCUACUACGUCCGAGGGAUUGAUUCUGAGGGCCACGCGGCUAACUUUGUGGAAACGGAACAGAUCGUGCACUACGGCGGAAGCAAAGCCUCGUUCGUCCAGACCCGAGGAUCCAUACCAGUUUUCUGGUCCCAGAGACCAAACCUCAAGUACAAACCACAGCCACAGAUCAACAAAGUAGCCAAUCAUAUGGAUGGUUUCCAAAGGCAUUUUGAUUCGCAAUUAAUUAUUUAUGGGAAACAAGUCAUAAUCAACCUGGUUAACCAGAAGGGUUCAGAGAAGCCCCUUGAACAAGCAUUUGCAACCAUGGUGUCUUCCUUGGGAAAUGGAAUGAUCAGGUACAUCGCCUUUGACUUCCACAAGGAAUGUAAGAACAUGAGGUGGGACCGACUAAGUAUCCUGCUGGAUCAGGUAGCAGAGAUGCAGGACGAGCUGAGUUAUUUUCUAGUGGACUCGUCAGGCAAGGUGGUGGCGACCCAGGAGGGUGUGUUCCGCAGCAACUGCAUGGACUGCCUGGACCGGACCAACGUGAUCCAGAGCCUGCUGGCGCGGCGCUCGCUGCAGGCCCAGCUGCAGAGACUGGGUGUUCUGCAUGUGGGACAGAAGAUUGAGGAACAAGACGAAUUUGAGAAGGUUUACAAAAACGCCUGGGCUGACAACGCAAACGCUUGUGCCAAACAGUACGCAGGGACCGGUGCCUUGAAGACCGACUUUACCAGAACCGGGAAGAGAACUCAGCUGGGACUUUUAAAGGAUGGCUGGAACUCGCUGCUGCGGUAUUACAAGAACAACUUUUCUGAUGGCUUUAGACAGGAUGCCAUAGACUUAUUUCUUGGGAACUAUUCAGUGGAUGAAUUAGAUUCUCAUAGUCCCUUAAGUGUUCCAAGGGAUUUGAAGUUCCUGGCUUUGCCCAUUAUCAUGGUGGUGGCCUUCUCGAUGUGCAUCAUCUGUCUGCUGAUGGCCGGUGACACUUGGACAGAAACGCUGGCCUACGUGCUCUUUUGGGGAGUUGCAAGCUUCGGAACCUUUUUUAUUAUUCUGUACAACGGCAAAGAUUUUGUUGAUGCCCCCCGAUUGGUUCAGAAAGAGAAGAUAGACUGAGUUUGUGUCUGUGGAAAGCGGCUCGGCUCGGAAGCCUCCACUGUGCAGAGCUGGAGUCUUUACUGACCCGCUUUCCACGGCAGCCUGAGGUCCUCACACGGCCACGGUCCCAGAGUGCACCCGGAGCUCCGUGCGCGCGUGCGUGUGCGUGCGUACGUGUGUGACAGCCGCACGUCGGUCUGGCGUCACUGUCCCGAUGACCCCUUCACUGUCGGGACAGUCACGCUGAGAGCUUUGGCUGUUCUGCCUUGCAAAUGCGACCCAAAUUCAGCUCACAGAACGGAAGGAAAUUACUCAUUGUCAGUUAAUCAACUGCAGCAAAAUAAGUAAUAUAUUUAAAAAUCCAGCUUCUUUCAGUACUUAAAACAGUAAAAUUAUUUUUCUAGCUCAUUUUCAUUUUUGCCACUAUGGAAGCAGUUGCCGUCAGCAAGCAUACUUUUCCGCACCUCUUUGGACUUUCCUUAAAAGUUGAAUAAUAAGCUAACUCUGCUCUGUUUGUAAAAUGUCUUUUACAUUCAUCAAGGAGUUUGACAAAACAGACUGUGACUUUGCCGUGGGGAGGGGAGCGGGGACCGCGUGUUGGGGAGUUGUGGUCGGGCUGCGGCACGAGUGCAGCUUCGUGUAAGUAUGAUGAGAAAGUUCCGGAUUCUUUAUCUUUUAUAAGAAAUCAAAGAAUGUAAAGUCUCUAGUACGCUAAUGGUCCAAAGCCGCCUCUGUCGGGACGGCCCCGGUGUGGCCCACAGCCACGUCCCCCAGGACACUGUGGCUUCUCCGGGGCCCUCUGGGGACACGCGAGGCCCAAGGGGCUACUGUGCCGGGUCGGUGGGGACACAGAGGCCGAGGCUGCGGCCACGUUUCCGUGCAGGGCGCCGCCGAGGUGCCGGCCCGUGUCCGGCUUCGGUCCCCACCGUGGGUGUGUCUGAAUCAAGUGCUUUGAGGUGGGGUGUAGUUCUCCAAGGACCAACGUCAGCUUUAACGUAGGUGUAAAAACAAGCCUGGAAAUAGGCUUUAGAAGCUGUGCAUAGGCCUAAGUCGGACUGUACAUCAAACUGUAAUUAUGAGGUUUAAAUAUUAGAAAAGUAUGUAAGGUAGUAUAAUUGCCACUAUUUUAAAACAGUUUGGUUAAAUACUGCUACAAUAUUUGUGUUGUGCUUGAAAAUAUGUACAGUUUUUGAUGGCAAUCUUGUUUCCCUUAAACAUCUUUAAAAGCACCUUUAUUUCAACAUUGCCUUUUUCCCAACAUUAUCUUUUAUGAACGUUAAUAAGUGUUGCUUUCAGAAACUCUAAAGGCAGUAAUAGCUGGAAAACCUUCUGUAGCUUAAAUCAGUCAUUAAAACUCGCACUAGGAUAAGUGAUUAGAACUACCUAUUCCUAACAUGUAAAUAAACAGAAUUUGUCCCAAAGACGAAACCCCGAAACUCGGCCGCCACCCGCUGUCACGUGUCCCUCUGGCACCGCAGGCCGUCCGUGUGAAGAACCUCACUUCACCACGACGAAGGCCGAGCCGGCGCUGCCGCCAGGGGGGGCCGACACAGGUGUGGGCAACUGCACCCUGCCGUGACCUUGUUUCUGAACUCAUGUACUGUAUACCCGUAAGUGGAAAUAAAACGUCGUAUUUUCUAACCACUCAC